GCUGCCGCAGUUGAAAGCGGCCUCGGCUUUCGCGCUCCGGAUUCGCGUGUCAAAUACGGACGCUAAAUAUGUUGCGUCGCUUUAGAACGGAUGGAUAAAUGAAGGUUGCCGACGCCGCUGCUUGUUGUUGUCGUCUCUGCAAAUUGCAACAUUCGGAUUAUAAAACUUAGCGCCCUUCGCCCGCACCCCGCUUGGGUUCGCGACCGUUGCGGGCGGCCUUCGCGUAGGCUUCGGCUACGAAAUCUAGGCGACUCGGGUGGGGGUUUCGUACUGUGUUGAAGUCUGCAUCGACGUUUAAUCGAUUGAUUAAAACAUUUUAAAGUACCGUUUUACUCACUCGUAAACGUCCAGUUGGGUUGUCAUAAUGCGUUUUCAUUUUGGUUUAAUAACGUUACGUUUAAAAUUCGUUGAAUGUUGAUAAUGGUCGCGCGAAGGAGUGUUUGUACUUGCCCUGUAACGGGAAUGUGGAAUGGUCACCUUUGGCUCAGGGCUGUACAAAUAAAUGAUUGGGCUCCGUGGCGAGCUUGGCUGAUGGCAGUGCUCUCUACCCUGGCACCUGAGCAGUAACUGGAAGUAGCUCAAAACCAGAAAAGGUUGGUGUUUCUCUAUCUGGCAGGACACCUGUCACCCAGCACUAUGGAGGUUGUAUUGGUGAACCAUGCCGAGAUGGAAUCUAUUGAGAGGGUCAACGGGGAUCUAUUCGCUGAUCGUCUUCUGCAAAGCGAUCUGCUGGUUUCUCAGCUCAGGGCUGCAGUGCAGGAGAGGGAGUCUCUUCUGCAGCAGAAAGAGACACAGUUGCAGCAGGAGGAGGCAAAGACCCACGAGGCUAAGAUGUCCAAGGUGAAGCUGCAGGCAAGAGCCAAGCUGUCUGCCCGCAUGGAGAACUCGAGACGCUUGAAAAGCAGCGAUUCCUCAGAUGAGGCUGAGUGCCGGGCGAGCGAUCAGGGGAGCGUGAAACGGGGGAAGCUGCUACUGCUGCGACAUCGUGUUGCCGAGCUCGAGGCAGCGUUGGCCAAGGAGAAACAGAAACAACAACAGCAGCAGGAUGAGCAGGGCAGCAAGGCGAGUGGUGCAGUGCAGGAGCUGCAGCACCAGGUGCAGGCCCUGCAGGAGGCCCUCUGUGAAAAGGAUGAGCUCAUCCAGGGCCGCAUGUGCAUCAUUGAGCUCUUGCAGGAUCAGCUGGGCGAGAUGUCUGCUGCCGUGGGGAGCGAGGGGGACCCACUCGGCCUCCGACAGAGCAACAAUCAGCUCCGGCAGAAGGUGCUGGCAUUAGAGACUGCGCUGCAGCACCGAGAGGAGAGGCACCAGCAGGAGGUGUUCACCCUAACGGCACGGAACGACGCUACCGAAGACUUCCAGCAGCUGCUCAAGUCUCUGAAGCAGAACCUGCACGAGAAGGAGGAGGUGCUGGCGGCGCGCACACACGUGGUGGAGAUCCUGCAGGCCGAGUUGGAUCAACGAGACGCGACCAUCGUGGACCUGCAGGAGAGUGGACGUCGUGCCCUUGAGCAGCAACGCAUCUCGCUGUCCCACCAAGAAGCCAAGAAGCUCAUGCUCACUGCCUGCCUCCAAAACUCCAUUGACCAGCAAAUUCAGCCGAAUGAUUCUUGCGAUCGCCACCCUGCGUCAGGCGAAGGUGUUGUAGACACCGAGCUGCUACAGCCGUGCCCACCAUCACUCGAACAAGAGGCGUUGUUGCAGAGGAUUCAGGAGCUGGAAGUUGGGCUGCGGGAACGGGAGGAGGAGGCUGCCAAGUCUGAGGCGCGGUUCCUGCAGACCAAGGCAUGGUCCAAAACUCGCAUUCGGCAGCUGGAGGAUGAGCUACGCAGCCUCAGGAGUGGCUCGGCUGUGGAGCUGCCGUCUCUGAGGUCCCGGGUCUCUGAGCUGGAGGAGGAGCUGUCCCGCUACACGCAUGUGCACGCCCACAACGAGGAGCUUGCAUCACGGCUGCACGUGUUUGAGCAGCUGGAGCGCGUGAUGCAGUUGGACCUUGAGCAAGCGGUGCUGCACAACUCGGCGAAGGAUGGCGAGAAGGAUGUCCAUCGUGUCAUCUCGCAGGACUCGGUGGUCAGUGGAACCAUGGAAGAGAGAGAGGGACUGAUUGAAGAUGACUGGCUGUUUCCGGGGUACUCUGAGCAUCCAUCCUUUGUUGGGGGAGCAUCUGGGGCGGGCAAAGGACAAGCCCCUCGCAGCCUCCUGAGGGCAGAAGAUGAGCCUGGAGGGCAGCUAGCCAAUGAUGGCAGACUUGCUGCAACACGUGAAGCAAGAAGUUUGCAGUCCAAGAAAGCGUCUCCUCUGGGAGAGGGCGAGAGUUUGGCUGACCUGUGGGAUGAUUACAGUGUGGAUCAUGCAGUGUCCAUUCCCUCCCAGGGGCAUGUGCCCAGUCCUGAAUACCCCUUGAUGUGUGACACCUCCGCUGUUCGAGGUCUUCGCUCCGUGGUGGGAGACCUUGAGCUGGAGAGGAACCAACUCCAGCAGCAGAUCCAGGAGCUGGAGGAGCAGCUCGAGGAGAUGGACACACGGCAAAGUCUACAAGUCCGUACCAACGGACUGCAGGCGGAGGUCGAGCGUUUGAAGAGCCAGCUGAGCCAGCUGCAGAACGAGAAGAGCCAAGACGAAGAGAGCCACCACUCCGCCAUGAGCAACCUGUGCGACCGCAUCUCAGUCCUGGUGGAGGAGAACGCUCGCCUUGAGGGGGCCCUGCAGGAGAAGGAACGUGCCCUGAACUCUCAGUCUGCCCAUGCGGCUCGGUUUCAGGCCACGGAGGCUUCGCUCGCCGAGGCAGUCACCGCCCUCUCCACGCUCUCCGCCAAGUUGAGUACAGCCGAGAUGCAGCUGCAGGAAGCGGCGGUGAAGAGGAGCGCCAGCGAGGCAGAGUGCUCCGAGCUGCGGGUGGCCAUUGACGACUGCAACAAGCAGCUGGCGUUGAAAACAACCAAGCUUCAGCUACUGGAGGAGCAGGAGAACAGUGCGCGUGCAGAAUCGGAGCAUCUGGCUGAGGAACUGGAGCGACUCAACCUCUCAUUCAUGGAGGAGCGAGCCCAUCUCAUUGCCACGCUACAGGAGCGUGAGCGCGAGGCCGACCGCCUGCAAGAGGCCGAGGCGGAGGCGUUCACUUGCCAGGGCGAUGUGACGGAGCCAUCGGAGCGAAUCGAUCGAUUCCCCGAAUCCCGCCCACUCGCCCACACCCGCCACUCCCAGGCCAAGCGGCUCCUCUGGGAUGAGACGAGCGCUGGCCUUGAGCGCCAACUGGGAGAAGCCAGGGAGAUGCUGGCAGCAGCCGUGGAGGAGGCAAGCAAGGUCAAGGCAGAGGGCAUACGUCUAGAGGGAAAGGUGACGGUGGAGGUGGAAAGGGGCAGAAAGACCUAUGAACAGCUGCAAAAGACAUCGGCCACUCUCCAGGAAAAGGAACGGGAGAUCGUGACGAUGCAAACAGAAUACCUGGCAAAAGAGCGAGAGAUUUCGAUGUUAAAAACGGAGUGUGCAUUCAAGGAGCAAGAUAUCGGGAUACUCAAAGCCAAGCACCAGGACAAAGAGGAAGAGAUUGUGAUGAUGCACAUGAAGCACCAGGACAUGGAGCAAGAGAUCAUGAUGUUAAGAUUGAAAUGGGAGGAAAACGAGCGAAUGAUUGCAUCGCGAGAUGUAGAGCACCUAGACAUGGAGCGAGAAAUCGUGAAGCUAAAAACGGAACACAGGACCAAGGAGCAAGAACUCGCGAUGCUAAAAGCAGAACGUGAAGACAAAGAGCGUGAGAUUGUGGCAAUGCACGCAAAACACAGAGACAGUGAGCGAGUGAUUGCCAUGAUAAAUGCGGAAGGCCAGAAUACGGAACUAAAGAUUGCGGUACUAAAAGCACAAGGUGAGGACCAGAAACGAGAGAUCGCAACACUAAAUGUGCAACUUCAGAACACGGAACGAGAGAUGGCAUCACUGAAGCAAGAGAUUGUGACGUUAAGCACUCGGCACCAGGACAAGGAGCGGGAAAUCGCGACACUGAAUACGCAGCGUCAAGACAAGGAGCAAGACAUUGCGAAGUUACAUUUGGAAUGGAGGCACAGAGAACAAGAAAUCAAGAUGCUGAAUGUGAAAUGUCAAGACCGGGAUCGAGAGAUAGCGACCCUGCAUGCACUGCAUCAAGAAAAGGACCGCAAAAUGUCUACACUUCUGCUGAAUGCUGAGAUCAGUGCAGCAGCCCUCGCGCAGAAAGACACCGAGCUGAGGGAGCUUACCGACACCGCAUCCUUGCAGCGCAAAGCGGCACUUGCAAGAGCAUCCCAGCUCCAGUCUCGCUUGGCAGCAACGGAGAGCAUGAUCAGAGAUCAAGAGGCACAGGUGUCGAGUUCGCUGACGACCGCUGAGAGACGCAGGGAGGAGGCGGAGAGGGCCGAGUUGCGUGCGGCGCUGGCGCGGCAGGCGGAGGAUGGCGAUGGAGAACGCGCGGCACUUGGGGCUCAGGUGCAAGGUCUGCAACGCAACCUGCAGGAGGCACAAGGCCGUUACGAGCAGCUGAGAGUGCACGCGCUGGCCCUGCAGCAGCAGCUUGCGCUGCUUGCCAAUCGGCCGUGCUCCCAGGGGGAAAGUCAAUAUGAAGAUGUAGGUCCUCCUGGAGCUCCUCGCCACAAGCCUUCUCUGCCAUCCGAGCCUUCGCCUGGCCUCCAUCGCCUCGGAGAAGCCAGGACUGCAGGGGUGUUUGGACUUCCCUCCGCAGACCACCAGCACACUGUGGUAGUUGACUGGGAAGGAGGUGAUGCAGACGAUGGUGCUGACUGCAUUGGAGAGCGCGGGCAAUGGGGAGAUGAGGCAGAAUCGCUGGUUUAUGAUCCACGGCACCACCCACUGACCCGGCAGGUCCGGCGAUUGGGGUUCUGUGUGCGGCACUGGCUACGCGGGAGAGCUCGCUACUGCUCAGCCCACGCUCACUCCCGCAAGAGCUUCGUCGCCGCUCUCUACCUCCUCGCCAUGCACCUCCUGCUCGUCUACCUCCUUGUUUGGUGAUGCUCUCACUACCGCUGCUGCCGCCGCCCUCAGGAAGAUUCGUGGAAAUUGACUUUGCAGUGCACAGGCAGUGUGAAGCCCAUUCGCUACAGGAAGAAAACGGCAGAGCGACGGACCGAGUUCUCUACGGAAAAGGGGCAAUGCCUUUUAAGCGAAGGUCAAUGUCACAUUAAACUAUUUUAUUUACCAGGAAAGGCCUACUGAGCUAUUAGCCCCUUUUUCAGAAGCAGCCAGACCACAAAUGAUAGCUCAACAAAGUGGCUUAUCAUGUGGAAAUUUAUAUCAGGCAAAUAAUCAAAAGGCAUGUUUCUAAAUGUGGAGGAAAAAACGGGAAAACCCAGAGAAAAAUCCACACAACCACGGGGAGAACAUGCAAACGCCAUAUAUACAGGUGUCAGGGUGAGGAUCAAACCCACGACCUCCUGCAUACUAGGGAGAUAGCAUCUCGUCAUAGCGAUUUUAACCGUUAACAAACCAGCUGUUGUGGUCCAUAGGAUAAUUAUACCCCAACGAUGCACUAAAGUCUAAAGUUAGGGUUAGGGUCUAACAUUUUUCUUCAGGGGCUUUAGAAGAUGAUGUACAUAGGAUGUGAGUUUUGAUAAAUCGUAUGCAUUACAUGCUGAGUGGUGAAUUUCUUGAAUAUAGAUGUUUUGGGGGAGUUUAAUAAUACAGCUGUUCGAGCAAGUGAGAUAACAAACACUCAUUGAUGAGAAAUGGCACCAAAAAUUCGUGUUGAAAAUUUCUUGACAAUUCUGAAAAAUAUUAAGAGACGUUUCAGACUUUAGGACGAUCAAACUGCCAGCAGAUCUUUCAUCAAUCUCGACCCCAUUGGCAUCUCUGUCAGCAGUAUGACCGCAAGUUCUACUGUGCACAAAGUUUACUAGUUUUGUAGCUGGAGGCAACUUCACUCAAACGAAUGAGAAUUAACUGGCCUCUAAUGGUUCCAGUCAAAGACUGUCUGGCUCUUUAUUUAAAGGUAUUAACAAAGCUGGCCAAAUGAGCUUGAAAUGUUGAUAUUUCCACUGACAUGACUGCACUCUAACGCUACAGUACACUGGAUAUUAAACCAGCCUUCGCAUUAAAUUAUAUCUUAAUACUGAUAGUCAUUGACGAUGAAGCCAAAUUUAAUAAAGUUUGGCUCGUCGAAUAAAUACGAGUGGUUUUAUUAUGGAGUAUGGAAUCCCACUAGCUUGUAUAUACUGUACAUGGCCCGCGUGCUGCUUGUGUGACAAGCGUUCUUAAAUGAUUAUUUAUAUGUUAUAGAGUAGCGCUGGUGUAAUUAGCUAUUGGCCUAUUUUCAAUUUAACCGUUGCGUUUUUCAUGACGAUUGUCUUGCAUAAAAACUGCGGUGGCGCAACUCGGACAGAAGAAUGGACGAAGAAAAUUGCUAAAAAAAACUGACUUCAAAAUAGUACUCAACAAAUAUGCAAAUGACUCAGGACUUGAGGCACAUUAAAUGAUAUCUGUUGAUAUGAAACCAUUGUGUAAUUAAGCACAGGGCAUUAAGCAAGCUCUGUGUGUGUGUGUGUGUAACAAAGUAAUAUUUAAACGGUGUGAAUAAUUUAACCUUGAUUUUAUAAGGGCCACAGCCAUGUGUAGUGUAGCAGUGGUGUGUGUAGCACGGGAUUGGCAGUAGGGGUGUGACGAUGCGUCAAUUCGUUGGUGAAUAUUGAUAUUUGUGUUAAGCCGAUGGUGCAUGCAUCAAACCCACGUGUGUAAAAAUCUGAUGUUUUUGUAGGUGUGGUGUUUGUAAUGUGCUUGUGACCCAUGCGUCCACCAGUGGCCAGGUAAUUCACAGCGAUGGAUUUUAUAUAUUUUUUAUUGAAUGUCAUUGUAAACCCAAAUCGUGCCACAAUUACUGAAUCGCGAGGGAAGGUGAAUCGUUACCCCCCCCCCCCCCCCGCUAAUGCCACAAUUUACCGUGCAUGACAAUUACAGCUGGCCCUGCUGUAAGAGACUGCACAUUUAGGAGAGUGGCGAGGGUGGAGAACAUUAACAAAAUUGUGUUGUAAUAUUUCAUAAAAUACCAAAUCCCUUGCGCUCAAAGUGUUCACAACCACCAUAAAAGUAUGCAACUGCAAAUAACUACUUGAAUAUUUUUUAGACAAUUGUUUUUAUUAAUGCUCAUACUGAAAUAUUUAUUUUAGAUAUACAUUGAAAUUGUUUUUCACUUUAUUUUACAUGGAGAUGUGUGUGUAAUCAAGUGCAAUUAAAUGAUCCAGCUGCGAUGAAGCAGG